AUGAAGGGAGUUGAGCUCGUGGAUAAACUUCUAGCAGAAGAAAAACGACCAGUUGAAGAUGAAAUUUCAAAGAAAUACUUUUUCAAAUUCAUCCGGCGAACAAUCCGCGCUCCACGCCCUGGGCUCAUGAUUUGGAUUUGGCGAAACUGCACUCCUCUCCGCUUACCCCAGUCAUCUUAUAAUCUGAUUGUCAAAAAAGCGGGCCAGCAAAUUUGGGGCGUAACGCUGUUUUUGCUUUUCUUUCUUGUUUUCUAUGGAAUACUUGGCGUUCAAUUAUUUGGCAAUUUUGAGUACCAUUGUGUUCGAAGAAAAUCAAAUCGAGGAGAGAGUCAAGAAAAGUAUUUCAAACGACUUUUGGAAGGAGAUGUUUCGUAUGGAGAUCUUGCCAUUCCUGAUCGCCACUGCAGCCCUUUCGCCAAGCUUGGAGAACAAGGGUCCUGCCCGCCAAAGCUCACCUGCCAGAAACUUGGCCUUAACGCAACUCAACGAGGCUGCACCGGCUUUGAAAACAUCAUCACAUCCGUCAAGACCGUCUACGAAGCUGCUAGUCAGGAAGGGUGGAUCUAUUUGAUGUACAAUACCACAGAUGCGUAUCCGGUUUGGCACGGCUAUGUUUACUUUAUUUCCAUGAUUUUCUUCCUUGCUUGGCUCGUCAAAAACGUUUUCAUUGCAGUUGUCAUCGAGACCCUUCAUCGAUACGAGCUUUUUCUGGUGAUCAUCGGAACAGUUGGUCUUCCUCUUUCCCGACUUCAAGCUUGGUCCCCUUAUUUUCGCUGCGUUCCUGUUCUCCGAACUCCUCGAUUGAUCCGCGUUUCAAGCCGUUUAGAAUGUUUCAUCGCGAAGAUCUUCGGCCCAGGGAAGAAGAUGGUCCUCUUACUUGCUGGAAGUCUUUCGAUUAUUCUCUGCAUGGCAAUGGUUUCUAUGCAGCUUUUUGCUACAGACACUUGCGAGCCUCUUUCGACAGAACUUCAUCGAAACCAUUUUUGCGAUUUUCCAAGAGCGGCGAUGGCCAUGUUUCAGAUUUUGACGCAGGAAGAUUGGGUUGAUGUGAUGAAUCAUACGAGCUCUGGAACUUCACAGCCCUUUGUCAUCAUGUAUUUUAUUUUCUACCAUUUCUUCGCCACAACAGUUUUACUCUCUGUUUUCGUCGCCGUCAUCCUAGACAACCUCGAGCUCGAAGAAGAAUUGAAAAAGAUCAAACAAUUGAAAAUGCGACAGAUUUCUGCCGACAAAGGCGAAAAACUACCAUGGAGAAUCCAGCUCUUCAAUCGUUUUCCGAAUCGGCCUCAAAUGGUCGAGUCAGCAGCACAAGUUGGAAUCAAGCUUCGGGCUUCAGUGCUCGCUUCGUUUAUUGAGCGGGAGAAUGCAACUCCUCUUGAUCAGAUGAGUGUUCACCGAAACAAGAACAAUAAAAGAAAAGUCAAGUCGACAGGCGAUCCGAUCAAAGACAUCAUCAACAACGAAAUCAACAGAAGACUUCUAAUUGGAAGACGAAUGGAAGAAGCAAAUCAGCAAGCUCGUCAACUCUUCCGCGCGGGAUCGAAUCUCAAAUCCUCCGAACUGACCGAGCCAAGCGCGAAUAUAUCCCGCCAAGCUCCUCAACACCGCAGUACGAAUUUCCAACUUCCUGCUUCGGCUGACAAUCUCCGCUUACUCCACCAUCGAGCGAAAGAAGCGCGAAACAGAAAAGCGAGAAUCCUCCGAGAGCUUGAAGAAAAUCAUCCGUUUUUCGACAAGCCGCUUUUUAUCAUCCCUCGACACGGGAAAUUCAGAAACUUUUGCAAAAAUCUCGUCGAUGCUCAAUACAACGCGAGGGACAAAAUUUCAGUCGGGUCGGGUUAUUUCUCCAUUGGAGGCUUCUCGUUGUUGGAGCUGAUUGCGUUGAUUCCGUAUAUUGAUUGGUUUAUGCUUUUCAUGACGAUUGUAUCGACAUUGUUUAUGCUUACGGAAAACCAUCAAAACCGACUCAUUGACAGAAAUAAUUUGGAAUUACGAUUGAUGGAGUGGAUAUUCUUGACAUGCAUGACAUUGGAGCUUGGAAUCAAGGCCUGCGCAAAGGGAUUGAUUUUCACUCCGAAUGCGAUUCUAGCGAGCGCUGGUGGUGUGAUCGACCUACUCGUCUGGAUCGGGAGCAUUGGAACAAUUUUCCUCCCUGAGCAUGUUUCAUCCCCCUCCUUCGGCUACAAGCUCCUCUGUCUACGGUGCCUAAGACCUGUGAGAAUUUUUAAACUUCUCCCUCCAGUUCGAAAAGUUGCAAAAGAAUGCCUCUCUGGAUGGAAAGAAAUUCUCAUGGUUAGUGUCAUUCUUUCCGUGUUGCUUUUUGUCUUUGCUGCUUUUGGUGUCGUGCUCUUUGGAGAUGGAAAAUUGAAGAAAUGCAACGAUUUCACGAUACAUAGCGAGGCAAAUUGCACCGGCUUCUUUUUCCAAAAAAUUCUAGUUUCGAAUGAGCUGCAUUUGAAUAACGACAUCAAUCCGAGAAAACUAAUGGUGCCAAGGGCCUUUGUUAGCCCGCGAAAUUUCAACUUCGACACGAUGGAGAACUCAAUGCUGACGCUCUUUGAAGUCUUGAGCCUCAAGGGUUGGGUAGAAGUGCGAGAUGUGAUGAUUAACCGCAUCGAGCCAUGGUGGGUUCCGCUGAUUUAUAUCCAUAUUUUUGCCAUCCUCGGUUGGCUUAUCGGGCUCACGCUCUUCAUCGGCGUCGUCGUGGCGAACUACAACGAGAACAAAGGAACCGCUCUUCUGACUGUUGAUCAGCGACGCUGGGAAGAUCUCUCCCGUCGGCUGAGGAUCGUCCAACCUCUUCAUCAGCCACCACGUCCAGAAGACGAAGGCGUUCGUGCCCGAUGCUACGACAUUUCGCAGCACACGACUUUCAAGAGGACCAUUGCUUUUUGCGUUCUAGCGAAUUCUUUUCUCCUUUCGCUCAAAUGGGAAGGUGAUGAAGCGAAAUUCCUCGCCUGUGGACAUUGCGCUAUUUCCGUCAUUUUCAUUCUAGAAGUGAUCAUCAAGCUGAUUGGAAUGGGAUUCAAGGGCAUGUGCGAGAGCUUUCGAAAUUUAGCGGACAUGUGCAUGGCGGUUCUAUCCAUUCCCUGGAUGAUUGUUUAUAUUGUCACUUAUGAGACGCCAGGGAUUUUGCCAGAAACUGGAAAGGAGCUGGCCAUUUCUCAUGCUCCAUUCAAUGCUACUUCAGGUGCAAUUAGCACGAUGGAUUGGUGGAGAGAGUCGAACUACAAAUAUGGAGUGACGCUGAUCUUAUUUCGAUUUUUGUUUAUUUGUGGCAAACAUAAUACGCUGAAAAAUCUGAUCAUGACGAUCGCGGUCUCUGUCUACAAAUCCUUCUUUAUCAUUCUCGCCAUGUUCCUCCUUCUCUUGUGCUACUCUCUCUUGGGAGUCCUGCACUUCGGAAGCGUCAAAUACGGCGAAAUGGUCAAUCGACACGCCAACUUUCAAAGCGGUCCCCGAGCAGUCAUCACUCUCUUUCGAAUCGUCACCGGAGAAGACUGGAAUAAAAUCAUGCACGACUGUAUGGCCGAAAAAUACUGCUAUCCGUCGGGCAAUCGGGAUUAUUGGUUGGGAAAUUGCGGCAGCUACGCGUCGUCGCUGUUCUUUUUCUGCUCGUUUUAUGUCAUUAUUGCGUAUAUUAUGCUGAACUUAUUGGUGGCUAUUAUUGUGGAGAACUUCUCCUUGUUCUAUUCGGCUGAAGAUGAUACCGGAAUGCUCUCACAGAAUGACAUUAGAGUCUAUCAGCAAACUUGGAACAUAAUCGACAUCAAACGAAAAGGCCAAAUUCGAGUCAAAUACCAAGUUCGUCUUCUACUUCGGCUUCUUCGCUUCCGACUGACUGUAAAUAUCCAGGACAGGUUACUGUUCAAGCACAUGUGUUGUGAGCUAGAACAAACAUGUCGCUCGGAAAUGGUGUCUUUUUAUGAAGUUUUGAUGAUGAUUGCUUACCGUUCAGUGGACAUAAGGAAAUCCCUGCAGCUGGAAGAAUUGAUCCAGCGAGAACAGCUUGAAGCUACCAUCGUUAAGGUUUUAGAAGAAGCUAGAAAUGCUUCAAUUCAAUUAAGAAAGAUCUUUUUAAAGCCGAUUAAAGACGAAGAAGUAGCAAAAGAAACGAUCAAAAACUGGCUCGAGCGCUGCGUAAGAAGAAAACGAGUCCAUCGAAAAUCGACUGGAAAGUUCGAACAUCCCAACGCUCGAAAUAUCGAUAACGUCCAGCGACCAGUAAUUGUCGAGAGCUGUUCGAGCCCCAGUGGAAUGGAUCAGCUGUCGCGACAAGAAAGUGUUGAUGGGGAACGACCAAAAUUGUACCGACAAGAGUCUUUGGCGAUUUCUGGCGACUCUGUCGAAGCGAAUUGGAUAAUCAAGAAUCCGUUUCAAGGGCGACCUCCUCCGCCACCAAUUCCGACUGAUAUUUCUGAUUGAAAAGUUGCGUACAAAUUCUCCGACCAGCUGCUCUUCGAUUCCAUCGUCGUGCACCGGCUUCAGCGAGCCGAGGCGGAGACCAUUUUCCGGGUCAUUUCCGGCGGAGAAGAGGUUGUGACACCAGCGCACAUCGCGAAUCAAGUUUUCGGUCGUAAAGCUGAAGUUAUCGCGCCUGUGAUUGAGAAGCUCUGCGUUCAGGUCACCGGAAAGAAUACGAGACUGAAUAUCGACGAUUUCGCGAAGAUUGUCGGAGGAGACGAUGAAGAAUCUUACGAAAACAUUUCUUCUCAGACCCAAUUCGAUAUCUUCGACGCCGACAAAGACGCCACCAUCGACAUUCGCGAGUUCCAGACUUGGAUGAUGAAGCACGGAAAAUUCCUCGACCGGGAAGAGCUCGAAGCCAUCAUUAAAUCCGCCGACGUCGACAGAAACGCCGUCAUCGACCGAACCGAAUUCCUGCAAAUUGUGUGCAAAAAGAUCUUUGUCGAUCAGCUGCUCGAGAGGAGGCUGAUUCAAUGA